UUUGCAUACACACACUUGCAGAGAAAGCAGGGAAAGGGAACCAACCUCACUGUUCUCCUUCAUUAACUUCUGGAUUGAUUUCAGCCCGAGAAUACACUUAGUAUAGUAUUGAUAGCAAAAAAAAGGACCCAUCAUAACCUCAACAAGAGAUAAUCUUCGGUGAAGCCAUGGCUGUGCACAAAAAUCUAAAGCUCCAUAAACUAUAUUUUGUGAUCCUAAUAGCAGCAGCAAAAGCAUCAUCUCAACCCACUUCAAAUUGCCCCCAAAGCUGUGGAAAUCUCAACAUUCCCUACCCUUUUGGGACACGUGAGGGUUGUUACUUGAACCACACUUUCCUCAUCACAUGCAACCAUAGCAACUCCACCACACCCACCCCUUUAUUGGGAAGUGACAACAUAGUGGUGCUCAACAUAUCACUAAAUGAAGGAGAAAUUCUAGUUUCAAGCCCCGUAAUCCAUGAUUGCUAUGGCAAUUAUUCUAAGGAGGAAAAUGGUUUCAAUUUGACCCAUUUUUCAAUCUCACCUAGUAAGAACAAAUUCACCACACUUGGGUGUGAAACGGUGGGAAUAUUCAUGGGUUAUGAUAGCAACAAGAAACAUGUUACAACCACGGGAUGUGUAUCCACAUGUGGCACACUAGAUGACAUCACAAGUAAUAUUGGAUCAUGUGGUGGCAUUGGUUGUUGCCAAAUUAGUGUUCCCAAUGGAUUAUAUGGUUUUGCAAUGCAAAGUUGGAGUAUGGAUAACCACUCCACGGUACGUGAAUUCAAUCCAUGCAACUAUGCGUUCAUAGUUGAGGAAGGGUAUUACAAAUUUGAGACAACAAAUCUUAAGAAUCUCGAGAAUAAGAGGUUGCCCAUGGUGCUUGAUUGGGCUGUGGAAAAUCACACGUGCCAAGAGGCACAAGAUCUUAGUAGCUAUGCAUGCAAGGGCAAGAACAGUGUUUGCCUCGAUUCAUCAAUUGGUUAUCGUUGCAAAUGUCGUCAUGGUUUCGAGGGAAACCCUUACAUUCGUGAUGGCUGCCAAGAUAUCGAUGAAUGUGCUACGAACACUAAUCCAUGCAUCAUCAGAAAAAGAUGCCAAAACCUUGAUGGCAGUUUCAAGUGCUCAUGUCCAAAGGGACACGAAGGAGAUGGAUUGACAAAUGGCGAAGGCUGCCGACCCAAAAAUGACAAACCCAUAGGGAAUCUAAUACUUAUAAUUGGACUGAGUUUGAGCUUAAGUCUAUUGGCAGUGGUUGUGGGAUGCCUAAACAUAUACCCCCAAAUCCGUGAAAGAAAGCUCAUCAAAAUGAGAGAAAACUAUUUUCAAAAAAAUGGUGGUAUGUUACUGCAAGAACAGAUUGAUUCACACCAUGGCUCAACUGAAAGAGCCACAAUCUUCACUGUUGAGGAGCUCAAGAAAGCCACCAACAACUAUGAUGAGGAUAGAAUCAUAGGCAAAGGAGGCCAUGGAACAGUGUACAAAGGUACAUUAUCAAAUGGCAGGGUUGUUGCCAUCAAGAAGUCCAUGGUUUCUAACCAAAGUGAGAUUGAGCAAUUCAUCAACGAAGUGGUUGUGCUUACCCAAAUCAACCACAGGAAUGUUGUCAGACUACUAGGUUGUUGUUUAGAGACAGAAUUUCCCUUACUUGUUUAUGAGUUCAUCACUAAUGGUACCCUUUGUGAGCAUCUACAUUUUGAGGGUCAAGCAUGUAACAGUAAUAAUCACAAACUUUCAUGGACAACACGUUUGAGAAUUGCAGCAGAGACAGCAGAAGCUCUUGCAUACUUGCAUUCAGCUGCUUCUACACCAAUCAUACAUAGAGAUGUUAAAACUGCAAAUAUUCUUCUUGAUGAGAAUCUCACAGCCAAGGUUUCUGACUUUGGGGCUUCAAAGUUUGUUCCUCUUGAUAAAACUCAGUUAACCACUUUGGUGCAAGGAACAUUGGGUUACCUUGACCCGGAGUACUUCCAAACAAGUCAACUAACUGAUAAGAGUGAUGUGUAUAGCUUUGGUGUUGUCCUUGCAGAACUAUUGACAAGUAAGAAGGCACUUUCAUUUAUUAGGCCUGAGAUCUAUAGAAACUUGUCUAUGUAUUUUGUUUCUACAAUGAAUGAGGGUCGCUUGGAUCAAAUAUUGGACAAUGAAAUUGUGAGUGAUGCAAGUGUUGGGUAUAUAAUAGAAGUGGCUAAUCUUGCCAAGAGGUGUCUUAGGCUAAAGGGAGAAGAAAGACCAAGCAUGAAAGAAGUGGCAAUGGAGUUGGAGGGAAUAAGGGUCAUGGAAAAGCAUUCUUUAGGAGGAACAAAUGAUGUUAUAUCUGAAGAAGAGAGAGAGUACUUUCUCAAACCACGUUCGCCCAUUAACAUUGUUGAUCAUGGUGACGGUACUAGUGGUAGCAGCACAAUUUCUAGGUUCUAUAAUUUACAUAACCAGAUUUUGGAACCACUAGAGGAUGGACGAUAGAAUGAGCACGUGGAUCAUGCUGCAUGAAAUUCUUCAGGUCACCACAGCUUAUCAAGUUCUGGCUGCAACUCGUACUCUACUGAGAGGGCCUUGGGAAGAGGCUGUGGAUGAUAAGCAGCAGGCACAGCUUUCUUCAACUUGCUGAGGAAUGGAUUCUACUACCCUCGAGCAACGCUAAUUUAUAAGUCAUAUUGUCACAACACCUACUUUCUCGACAACAACAAAAGGGUCUGUAAAAACAAGGACUAAACUUCUCAUUCCUGCAUCGGGUUAAGGAGUGUCAUCUGUAGGAUGUGGUCUUCAACUAGACCUAAUCCCCAAUCUCCAGCUGAACAUCUCUUCUGUGUUUGUCAUCUUGGUACUUCAUUUUCUGUAGAGCCAGCACUAAAUUCUGACAGAGCUGAUACAGUAUCUGUAUACUCAAACUGUUUAUUGAUAUCUUCCACUGAUGAAGGAAUACUGGGUAUCAGAAUUAUAGGUGGUGGAUACUAUUGUGCACCGGGGGUUACCACACAUAUACACAUCUCCAUGUUGGUGAGAUAUUGUCCGCUUUGGGCCUAAGCCCUCAUGGUUUUG